AUGACAUUCUCAAAAGAAAUCCAUACUUUCUAUUCCGGAAAGCCACAGCCCCAAUCCUCUGGAUCCCACACCUUCCAGUCCAUCGAUCCCAGUACCGCCAAACCGCUGGCUACAGUCUACACCACGACACCCUCACAGCUCGACGACGCUGUCUCCUCUGCUCAAAAAGCAUUUCCAGUAUGGUCGAAAACGCCUUCCCCCAAACGCGCUUCUAUCCUUCUUCGAGCUGCCGCCAUUCUGAGAGAGCGAAACGAUGCGCUCGCCCGCACCGAGAUGCUCGACACCGGCAAGGCCUGGUCCGAGACGUCGACAGUUGAUGUGGUGACUGGGGCCGACGUCCUCGAAUACUACGCGCACUUCAUCGCCAACAGCCAGCCCGGCCAGCACACGACACUACGGCCAGACGCAUACGUCCUCACCACCCAUGAGCCUCUGGGAGUAUGCGCCGGCAUUGGCGCCUGGAACUAUCCGAUCCAGAUUGCGCUAUGGAAGUCUGCCGCCUGUCUCGCCGCCGGAAACUGCAUGGUAUACAAACCGAGCGAGGUGACGCCUCUCCAUGCAAACACACUAGCCGAGAUCUACAUCGAAGCCGGCGUGCCGCCUGGAGUUUUCAACGUCGUCUACGGCGAUGGCCCCAGCGUGGGAGCCCCCCUUGUCGCUCAUCCGGGUAUCGCCAAGGUUAGCUUCACAGGCCAGGUCAGCACGGGCAGCAAAGUCGCCAGCGAGGCGGCCAAGGGCAUGAAGAGCAUCACCAUGGAGCUGGGUGGCAAGAGCCCGCUGGUUGUCCUCCCAGAUGCCGAUGUCGACGAGGCAGCUGAUGUUGCCAUGGCGGCCAACUUCUUCUCCACCGGCCAGGUCUGCACAAAUGGCACCCGCGUGUUCAUCCCUGAUACGUUAUUGUCGCGCGUCGAGGAGGCCCUUGUCAAGCGCUGCCGGGAGGGCAUCCGAAUGGGUUUGCCCCAAGACGAAAAGACAAACUUUGGCCCCGUCGUCAGCUCCGCUCAGCGAGACAAGGUCAACAUGUACAUUCGACAUGGCAAGGAGACAGAUAAAGCAAAGGUCCUAUACGAUGGGGCUGUCGAUGCCCAGAAGCACAAACCGACACCCGAGGGAUACUGGGUCCCGCCCGUCAUCUUCACCAACUGCACCGAUGACAUGCGGAUUGUGCGCGAAGAGAUUUUUGGCCCCGUCAUGGCCAUAUUGCCGUACAAGACGCAAGGCAGAUCCCAGGAGGAGUGGCUGCCAGAGCUCAUUCGUCGGGCAAAUGACACCGAGACAGGACUGGCUGCCGGCGUGGUGGCUACGGACUUGAGUUUGGCACAGAGCGUGGUGAAAGAGCUACAAGCUGGUAUAACCUGGAUCAACACCUGGGGAGAGUCUCCGGCUGAGAUGCCCGUUGGCGGAUGGAAAAUGAGUGGCAUCGGCGUUGAGAAUGGCUUUGAGGGCAUCAAGGCUUAUAUGCGGAUUAAGAGCACCCUGGUUCAGCUCGGCAAAGGAGCGACAAAGGGUCUGUUUGCCAAGUUGUAG